AUGAGCUCCAACGGCUGGCAGGUGGUGGACACAAAGCAGAGGAAGGCCGAGAAGCAGCAGCAGAAGGGCAUCGAGAAGAAGAAGCUGCAGAAGCAGAUCGAGCAGGAGCGGCAGAAGCGGAAGGAGGAAGAGGAGCGACUGUCCUACUCGGGCUGGGGUCCUGAAGAUGAGGAUGCCAAGAAGAAGAAGAAGGCGCUGAAGGCCAAGCUUGCGCAGCAGAAGCCCAAGAAGAGGGAGCUGCCGCAGGUGGCCGACAGCAAUCCAUUCACCGCGGCGACCAUCUACACUCAGCUCAGAGCCUUCGAGGAGGCCAAGGAGAAGAAGGCGCGCGCUCAGCAAUCGGCCCUCGAAUGGAAGGCCAAGGAGGCCGAACGCGCCGCUGAGGCUGAGGCCGAGAUCAAGCGACGGAAGGAGAAGGAGCGCAAGAAGAAGAAGCCCAAGAAGCCCUCUGUCGCCCACCUCAGUGCCGCUUUGGACGUGGCCUCGUGCCGCACGUACAUGGAGGAGCUGAGCUCGAGGUACCCCGCCAAGUACGACGUGCAGCUCAUGGCCCUCGCCGACUUCUUCGAGAGCAAGUUCGGCAAGGCCUCGCUCGGCCCCGCCAAGCUCCUCGACGAGAAGAGCUUCGCCCGAAAGCUCGAGAUCCCGUACGCGUACCUGGACGACGCGGUGGCGGAGGCGCUGCAGACGUGGCUGGCGACGGUACCGCCGACGGUGAUGGCCGAGUUCACGCAGUUCCUGCUGAACGAGGUGUUCAGCGCCGAGAAGAACCACAAGACGUCGGGCAUCGGCCUCCGCAUGCUCCUGGCCGCCAUCGCCCGCGGCUUCCCCGACGUCGUGCGCGGCGCUGUCGACCACGCCUCCUUCGUGCAGAAGUACCUCGGCGACUCGCCCGCGACCUACCCCAAGCACGAGCCCAACGUUCUGUCCGAGGACACAGCCCUGUUGCGCGCCAACUUUGUGCCGGUGCUGGUGUGGUACUUUGGCCAGACCAUCGAAGACCACCCCGCGCUCGCGUUCGACCUGUGGGCCGAGUUCCUGCUGCCUUUCCUGCUCGUUUCUGCGCCCGAGACCAUCCGCACCCUCGUUCUCGACUACUUCCACCUCCUCUUCACCGACGUCGGCGGGAAGGUGAAGCGGGCCGAUCCUGUCGUCACCGCGCGCGCGCUGGAGAGGCUGGCCGCCUACCGGGAGAGUGUCAGCGAGAACCAGCUGAAGAAGGGCGCCAUCAACCCCAUCUACCUCGCCAUCGAGAACGCGAUCGUGUGGCGCAACUCGUCGUCGGUGCACAACUACCUCAACGUCUACCUGCGCCGCGCCGCCUCGGCCAACAAACACGUCCGAGAUGAGGCCCAGAAGAAGGUGCUGCGGGCGUUGGCGGUGGACAAGGAGUCCUACCAGACGUGGGACUCGCUCUACCCGCGCUACGUCCUCCAGUCGACCCAAGUCAUCCUCUUCCUCACCGACAAGUGGGACAAGUACGUGUUGACGCAGGACAAGGGCACCAUUCAGGCGAGCGAUGUGGCCGAGACGGUGCACAACUUCCUCUACACGAACGAGAAGCUGGCCGAGUCGCACUACCGGCUCACCACGCGGGUCAAGAAGGGCGCCAAGGCCAAGAAGGAGGCCAAGGCCGACCAGGCCGACGUCGAGGCCAGCACCGCCGCCUGCCGCGAGCUCCUCCGGCGCACCGGCGCCAAGGUGUCGGUCACCGCCUCGAGCCGGCCCACCAGCAGGUCCCGCGCCCAGCACGCCGCCGCCGCCUCGUCCCGCGCCUCGUCCGCCUCCUCUUCCUCCUCUGGGUUUUUGGGUACUUUGGUGUAUUUGCUGCUGUUCGUGGCGCUGGUGGCGGCGAUCGCGGUGCUCUACCUGCGCCAGACCCAGCCGGAGACCUACGAGGAGCUCCUCAGGACGGGGCUGGCCUACUACCGCGAGGGCCAGGCCCACGCCGCGGUGCUGACCGCGCAGGCGUCGGCCAAGGCCCAAGACCUGCUGGCUCAGGCCUACGAGCUCAAGGCCAAGUACAUGGCCCAGGCGCAGCCGCUGCUGGCCCAGGCGUCGGCCAAGGCGCAGGAGCUGCUCGCCCAGGCCCACGAGCUCAAGGCCAAGUACAUGCCCGCCACCGCGAGCCCAGCAGCCGCCGUCGCCGGCAAGGCCUAA